AUGAAAGCAGCACAAUUUAUUGACUUGAUUUUCUGCAGAAUGCUAUGUGUGUUAUGUUUAUUAUUGAUCGGCGUCGUAUCGUGUAAUGUCCAAAGAGUGCCAACUGUCCUCGUUAUAUUGCCACACGGCCCACCACUACCAAGUCAGAAUGCUGCAAAAAGUCCACCAAAGCCGGCUGCAGCUACUACAAGCAAUGCAGGUACACAAACUGUGGAUACAAAAGAUCAACCAAAUAAAAAGGAUGGCAGUAAUGCAACUAACGCAACGACAGGGGUGAAGGCUCCUGUAAAAGAAGUUGCAAAAGUGGAAAGUGAAAUCAGUGAGUCAUUUAUUUGUAUAGCUAGAUGGUAAGAAGUUCAGACAAAUAUAACUUGAUGCAUAAUAUUCUAUGAAGCGGUGGUCAGAAUGCAGUUAUCAGAAUAAAGCCGGUUCACGCAUUCAGUUUCAUGAAACUUUUAUCAAAGUGUCAGUGAGAUUGUGUUAUUCCCACCCUUAUCCUCAUUGUUAUGCUCCCUAUAUAAGUGUCAAUGUAGUUGAAGAUUAAACGAUCAAUUCAUGGUUGUUUGCUCAAAACCAA